AUGGGCUGGGGGUAUUGGGAGCACAUCCUUCCGUCCCCUCCCCGUCCUCACUCCAUCCCGUCUCCAGCCCUGCCCCACGACCGCCUGCUGCAGCAGCCAGUGUUGAAACUCCCCAUUCCAUCCAUACUUCCCCCCUCCCCUUACUCCCUCUUCUCCCGCCCCCUCCCCCAUCCCCUUCCCCAUGACCCUUCCCUGUCACCCGUCCCCCUUUUCAUCUCCGGCCGCCAGUGCUCUGGCUGGCUGUCUGUGACUGAGGGGGCGAGGGACAGGGAUAGUGUUGGGGGGAUUGGCGGGGCUAGAGGGGAAGGGGACGAUGGAGAAACAGAGGAGAAGAGAGUAGAGAUGGAAUCUGGUGCUUCUUUUGGUAGUGGUGGUGCUGGUGCUGGUGCUGGUGCUGAUUGUGGUGCUGGUGCUGGUGGCGAGGUGGGUGCUGGUGAUGGUGCUGGUGGUGGUGGUGAAAUGGGUGCGAUAGCACAGUUGGAGGAGGCUGCAAGUGGUGCAUUGUUGGGAGAAGCAGGAGCAUCAAUGGCAGGGGAAAGGGGAUUAGUCGCAGCAAUGCCGACAGCUACACAAGUGGCUGGCAGCAGAAGCAGCGGGGAGAGAGGGGGUAUGGGAGGAGGAGGUGCUGGGGCAAGUGGUGGCCCUGCUGCUGCUUCAGAGUACCAUUGGGCAGCCUUUAAGCACUCAAUUGCCUUAAUCUGA